GGGACGGACGCAGGCGGUGAGCCACCCUGAGAUGCUUUUCAUUUGCUUGGCUUCUGAAUCCUGCUGACCCGCCCUGCUUUAGAGGCGGAAAGGUUGGGUUUAUGCGUGGGUGGCACGUCAUUUUUGCGGGACUUUUGAAAUGCGGAGCUGUGCGCACUGAGCCGUGGCUGGAACGCCGCUCCUGGCAUCUUUAGAACAAAAGCGCCUUCGUGCGACCGUGGUCAUUCCGGUUGUAAUUCCGGGCCCUGGAUAGUGUGGACGCGGCCGCCUUGCCUUGGUCGCGUGCCGCUUGCAUUAAUACGCCGGUCAGCUGAGCGGGUGGAGGUGGGCCCGCUGCCGCGCCAGCUGCAGGAGCCUGCGCGGUCACCCGUGAGUCGGUUCUCUGCCAGCAGCGUGAGGGACUCGGACCGGUGACCUGACUUGUAGGCAUUCCUGUUAGCAUUUUACGUGGAAAGAUUCCAGUGUGCUUCUUAAGGAUAAUCACUCUGAACUACAGAUACAGCUCUUCUCAUUCAUCGUCCUCCACGAGCCCUUCCACCUGUGCCAAGUGUUAUUCAAGAUGAUAUUCCACUUAGUCGUCCUAAGAAAAAGAAGCCGAGAACAAAAGCCAUGCUAGCAGGUGCUUCUUUGGAAGGUCUUGUUCAGACUGCUAUUCAUAAGCCAUCUGAGAGCAGCGAGCCACCAACCAACGAACCCAUAGAGCAUCCACAAGCUCCUGUUCAAAGAAGACAGAAGAAGACAAGGGUACCUCUUGAAUUGGAGACUGCCUUCACCCAGAAGACACCUAGUCCAUCUUUAUUUCGAAAUGAAAAUGGUAUCAAUGUGGAGCCAGCUGAGGAGCCUGUUAUUCAAAAACCUCGAAGGAAGACAAAGAAAGCCCGGCCAGCAGAAUUGCAGUAUGCCAAUGAGCUAGGAGUAGAAGAUGAAGACAUAAUUACUGAUGAGCAAAGGAGUCCAGAACAACAGUCUGUGUUCACUGCACCCACUGGCGUUAGCCAGCCUGUAGGCAAAGUGUUUGUGGAAAAAAGCCGGCGAUUCCAGGCCACUGAUCGUUCAGAGUUGAUAAAGACCACAGAGAAUAUAGACAUGUCAAUGGACAUGAAGCCUUCCUGGACGACCAGAGAUGUUGCACUUUCAGUGCACCGGGCUUUCAGGAUGGUUGGUCUCUUUUCUAAUGGCUUCUUGGCUGGCUGUGCUGUGUGGAAUAUUAUUGUGAUAUAUGUUCUAGCAGGAGAUCAACUUUCUAACCUCUCAAACCUUCUGCAACAAUACAAGACAUUAGCAUAUCCAUUCCAGAGUCUUCUCUACUUGCUUUUGACUCUAAGUACAGUUUCAGCUUUUGACAGGAUUGACUUUGCCAAAACAUCAGUAGCAAUCCGAAAUUUUCUUGCCCUGGAUUCAACAGCUUUCGCAUCUUUCUUGUACUUUACUGCUCUUAUACUAUCUCUGAGUCAGCAAAUGACAAGUGACAGAAUCCACCUUUACACACCUUCUUCUGUUAAUGGUAGCCUCUGGGCAGCAGGAAUUGAGGAACAGGUUCUCCAGCCGUGGAUCAUGGUGAAUCUGGUGGUGGCCAUUCUGGUUGGAUUGUCUUGGCUUUUUUUGUCUUAUAGGCCAAGCAUGGAUCUUAGUGAAGAGUUGAUGUUCUCCUCUGAUGUGGAAGAAUAUCCGAAUAGAUAGAGGAAUCAAAGCCUCUUUGUAAUGCCAGCGCACCUUCAGAGGAAUACUAACCCAGUAUUUGGAAUUCUUCCCAUUCUUGUUUUAAAAUGUAUUUUUAUAAGAUAUGUACAGGUGUAUUUGGAAUUGAUUUUUUGAUUAUGUAAACUGAAAAAACUCAAGAUUAUGGAAAAAUGUUAAAAUUGUAUCUGCAGUUUAUACCCAAACAUUAUCAUCUUAAUGACAAAGGAGAUAAUGAGCUAGAAACAAGUAGGUGAAAGUGUUUAUUUCCUGUUCCUUCAAAUUAGUUGCAUUUAUAAUCAUUAUCUUAAAAAGCUCUAAUACAGAAAAAACUGUACCUUUGGUUUUACAAAAGAUAUAUCAGGUUUAAACACAAAUUUAGGGACUUAGGGAAGAAGGUGAAAAGGGCCUUCAUGAUUUAUUUUUGAUGUCUCCUUACCGAAUUAAUUGAAAUAUGAUAUUUGUCUUUUCUUGACUUAGUGGUUGUGUAUCAUGUAAUAAGUAUAAUAUAAUGUAAUUUAACUUGAAAGAUGCUUUACUUCAUGGCUAAUAAAAAGAAAAUGUAUCUUUUUGAUUGAAA